AGAUCAAGAAACUAUGUAAAGCAUACGAGCAAAAUGCGUCCGAGAGAAUGGAAAUAUACCUUAGAGCUUUGAAUUCCGAGGAUCGAGAGACCAAGACAGAGCUUGUUUUACGAGGCAAGCCAUUAGCUGAAAUCGGAACAAAGCUUCUGCAGAGCAUCAAAAUCUUAGAGGAAGGGAUGGUUUGGGAGAAGCCAUGGAAACUACUACACUCAAAACAUAAUUCGCUAAAUCUCGAGCAAAGAUUACAAAGCGUCGAGCUACCAAUCAGAGCAAUGGAGCAUACUCUAAUAACUUCCUCCUCACUUUCUGUUCAACUAUUAUUAGAUCAACAAAACAUCUCUACUCUCUCACAAGACCUUUCUGCUCAGCUUCACAACAAAUUCCAAAAAAUCCUACCUUUUCAACCUUCUUCGAAAGAAUCACCACAGAAAACAACAGACGAGUCCACAACAAAUCUAUCUUUACCACACUUGCCGACUUUCCCUACACAAAACCACGAGCCCUCCUGUUUCUUCUUCUUCUCCUGCAUAGACACGUUGCUCGAAAUCCCAAAUCACCCCACAAAAACAAAAGAGCUGCAGAAAAUAAAAUCCCCCACGGCCCGAAAACCCAAAUCCCGGGCCCAAAAACUCGAGCCCGCAAUCAAAUACUCAGUAGCCCUAGGCCUCUCAGUCCUACUAGGCAUUAUCCUAGAGAAAGAAAACGCGUGUUGGGCAGGGCUCAUGGUGGCCACUAGCUUCACUGUGGGCCGGCCCGCGGUCUUCACAGCCGCAAAUGCCAGAGGCCAAGGGACUGCUAUUGGGUCCGUAUAUGGGCUGGUUUGCUGCUUUCUUUUUCACCAGCCCGAAAUACGACUCUUGGCUUUUCUCCCGUGGAUUGUUUUCACGGGCUUUUUGAAACACAGCAAAAUGUACGGGCCUGCAGGUGGAACCUCUGCAGCUGUAGCCGCAUUGUUCAUAUUGGGCCGGCACGGCUACGGGCCCCCGAAUGAAUUCGCAAUCGAUCGGCUCACUUCGGUUUUUAUCGGGCUUUUCUGUUUGGUUCUUGUUGAGCUGGCUAUACAGCCGGUCAGAGCAGCCACACUUGCAAGAAGGCAUCUUUUUCUAACUUUGGUCUCUUUUCAGGAGUUGUUGAAGGAGAUGAGGUUUUGUUAUGGUCGGGGGAAAAAUGGGCUGAGCUCGAAAUUCGAGGAAUUUAGAGAGAAACAGAGGGUUUUGAAGUGUCUUGUGCAAGAUGCAGAAUCAGAGCCUGAUUUCUGGUACUUGCCAUUUCAUGGCUCUUGUUAUAAAAGGGUUGUGGGCUCGUUUUCCAACAUAGCGAAUAUUUUAUUUGUUGCGACGCGUAAUUUGGAAAUGCUUUCGGGAUUGAAGGUCUGUGCAGUGAGUUUGAGACGGGAUUUGGAGGAGCAGUUGGAUUAUGAGAUGGGAGUAUUGUUGGGAACUGUAGAUUCUUUACUGGAGAAGAUGUCAUCACCGAGAAAAUCUUCGGAAGAAGCGGAUUGUGAAGAGAUGGAUGGUGAGGUGGUACAAAAUAGUGGUUUGACUUUGAUUACUGAAGAUGAGAUUAGAAUUGCUAUAGGGGAAGAUUAUGAAGAUAGUAGUGAUAAUGAGGUAGUUGGAGAGAGGAUGGACAGAUAUUUGAAAGGUGUAGGAUUUUGCAUAAGUUGUUUGAGGAAAGAAAUGGAUCAAAUAGAGGUUUGUGUAAAGGAAAUUGUAGGAUGGGGAAUAUAAUAUAAUAUAAUGCAAGCAACAAUAUAUAUUCUAAGAGAUUUCUCUCUUCUGUUUCAGUUUCUCCCUUUGUAAUUGAGAUGAUCUCAAGCUGAUGAAAUGCGAAUCGACCUCGAG